AUGGAGCUGGCGGUGAGGGCGAUGGGGAGUCUGCUCCCCAAGCUGUGCGAGCUGCUCAAGGAGGAGUACGGCCUACAGAAGGGCGUGAAGAAGAAGGUCCAGGUUCUCUCACGGGAGCUCGAGGCUGCGCACGCCGUCCUCCGCGAGAUCAGCGACAUGCCACCGGACCAGCUCAACGCGCUGGUCAGGCUCUGGGCUCGUGAUGUCAGGGAGGCGUCCUACGACAUGAGGACAUCAUCGACGCAUUUCUGGUGCACGUCGAUGCCCCUGAGCCUGCUACUGAGACACACUUCUCCGCCGCCUCAGGAAAAAGCGUUGUCACCAAGCCAGCAACGACCAUCGACCUCGCAUCUUGAAUCUGUCAAGAGUGCAACAGAGCUUGUUGGCAUUGAGGGACCAAAGGAUGAGCUCAUAGAUAUGCUGUCCCUAGGGGAUGACGGCGGUGAUGCGUCUGGUCCUAAGAAGAUGAAGAUAGUCUCUGUUGUUGGAUUUGGAGGACUAGGCAAGACUACUCUUGCAAAAGCUGUCUAUGACCAGCUUAAACCGCGGUUCAAGUGGGGGGCUUUUAUUCCAGUGGGUCGAAACCCUGACAUCAAGAAAGUCCUUAGAGACAUUCUUGUCGGCCUUGAUAAGGAGAAGUUCAUGAAUUUCAAUAUGACCAUGUUGGAUGAAAAGCAACUCAUGGACGAACUCAAGGAAUUCGUCAAGGAAAAGAGGUGUUUCAUUGUCAUUGAUGAUAUAUGGGACAAGGAGUCAUGGAAAUUAAUCAGAUGUGCUUUGCAAGAAAUUAAUUGUGGAAGUAGACUUGUGAUCACUACUCGUAUUUAUGAAGUUGCCACAUAUGCUGCAUAUUUUCCGGAAGAUUAUGUGACAAGGAAAAAUACUUUGAUAUGGAAGUGGAUGGCUGAAGGUUUCAUCUCUAAGGAACAAGCAGCAGCAGCAGCAGCAGCAGCAGGGGUAGGAUUAUUUGAACUUGGGGAGAGGUACUUUAAUGAAUUGAUAAAUAGAAACAUGAUCCAGGCACAGGAGACACAAUAUGAAGGGUACGUUGAUGCAUGCUCAGUUCAUGAUAUGGUUCUUGAUUUGAUACAUCAACUAUCGAGUGAAGAAAAUUUUGUCACUGUAUUGAAUGGUGGUGAGGACAGAAACUUCAGGGGAGCAUUUCUCGCAGAUGUGGAGAAAGUGAGGUCCGUCUUUGCUGGUCGGUAUAAUUUUUGUGCAUUAUGCCCACGCGUCCCAUUUUUACGUGUAGUAGACUGCGGCGAUGUGCCACGUCAUCUUGGGAGUUUACUUCACUUGAGGUACCUUCGACUACGUCGUAUCACUGAGCUUCCUAGGGAGGUAAGAUAUCUGAGGCUUCUGCAAACACUGGAUUUACGGGACUCCUUGAUAGAGGAGCUGCCAGAGGAGGUGGGACUUCUGACGCAACGUGUUUGCCUACGAGCUAGUGAUGUUUGGGCAAUAAGAGUGCCAGCAGGUUUGAUCGGUAAGCUCACGUCACUGCAAGAGCUACGUAUAUCGUGUGAAGGUGAAGAUGCUAUAAUAAUGCAGUUUGUGGAGGAGCUGGGCCUGCUGAAGGAACUGAGGGUGCUCAAGACUAGGAUUUCUGUUAGGAGUGAGAGCAUCAUGAGUGCUUUGCUGGAGUCCCUGGGCCAUCUGCACAAUAUCCAGGAACUUCAGAUUUGGGAGUAUCAUUCAAGUAAGGACUGGGUGAGCAGCGAUGCAGGAUGGGUGUCCUGUCGGCAUCUCCAUUUGCUGCGUUUGGACUGCUUCGAGUUCUCUGCACUGCCGGCGUGGAUUAACUCGUCACUUGCUCCAAACCUCUCCUAUCUGGAUGUGCAAGUGGUAGUUGUGAAAGACCAGGACAUGGAGACCCUUGCCAAGUUGCCAGAGCUCAGUUGCCUCGUACUGGAUUCCGGUGACACCAAGUCAGUAGUUAGCAUAAAGAUUCGUACAGAUAAAGGUGUUGUCUACUUUCGCAAGUUGAGAUUCUUAAAGAUACUCGGUCCAUCUAUCUGGUUUGAUCUGCGCGGCAGCGAGUACAACAGCAGCAGGGUACCAUCUAAUAAUACUAUCAUGCCAAGUCUUGAAUCGCUUGAGUUUGUUGUCCAUGUGCGGUCCCUAAAAGACGAGAACCUGCAUCUUGGUUUUGACAAGCUGCUUGGCUUCCAGAACCUCGGAACAAGUUCGCUCAAGAGAGUCAAAGCCCACGUGAACUGUGGAGGUGCCCAUCCUCGGGAUGUGGAGGAAGCGGAGGCUGCGUUGGAGCACGCGGCCGCAGUCCAUCCAAAACAUCCCACCCUUCUAAGCAACAGGGUAGAAUGUAUGAUCUCACGCUACCAAGAGGAACUUCAAAUUUGGAACUAUUCUCUUUUAGCAAAAGGAUUUGGCUAUUCUCCAAGGAAGGACUUGGUUAGCAGCGACGCAGGACGGGUCUCCUGUCGGCAUCUCCGUUUCCUGCAUUUGGACUGCUUCGUGUUCUCUGGACUGCCGGCGUGGAUUAACUCGUCGCUUGCUCCAAACCUCUCCUAUCUGGAUGUGCAAGUGGUAGUUGUGAAAGACCAGGACAUGGAGACCCUUGCCAAGUUGCCAGAGCUCAGUUGCCUCGUACUGCAUUCCGGUGACACCAAGUCAGUAGUUAGCAUAAACAUUCGUACAGAUAAAGGUGUUGUCUACUUUCGCAAGUUGAGAUUCUUAAAGAUACUCGGUCCAUCUAUCUGGUUUGAUCUGCGCGGCAGCGAGUGCAACAGCAGCAGGGUACCAUCUAAUAAUACUAUCAUGCCAAGUCUUGAAUCCCUUCAGUUUGUUGUCCAUGUGCGAUCCCUAAAAAACGAGAACCUGCAUCUUGGUUUUGACAAGCUGCUUGGCUUCCAGAACCUCGGAAGAAGUUCGCUCCAGAUAGUCAAAGCCGAAGUGAGCUGUGGAGGUGCCAGUAUUUGGGAUGUGAAGGAAGCGGAGGCUGCGUUGGAGCACGCGGCCGCAGUCCAUCCAAAACAUCCCACCCUUCUAACCAACAGGGUAGAAUGUAUGAUCUCACGCUACCAAGAGGCAUGUAUGGAAAUGAGCAAAGCCCCUGAGUUAGUAACCAAGGCCUGGAAGUUGGCGGACGACAUCGUUGGCUCAGGACAUAUUCAAAUACUGUGUAUGCCAGAUCCGACCGCAUCUUCAAGCAAAGUUAUGCGCUUGUUGUACACAGAUAAUGGGGUGGCACUUUUGGCUCUCAGCUCCAAUGCUGUUCAUAAGCUGUGGAAAUGGGAGCACAGGGACAAGAAUCCACGUGGCAAGUCAUCCAAAUCUGUUCCACCUGUACUAUGGCAACCGGAAAAUGGCAUUCCAAUGACAAACGACACCAUUGAUGGCAAUGACCCUAAAAAAGCAACAGCCUGCACUGCACUAUCCAAAAAUGACAGCUAUCUAAUUUCUGCUUCUGGUGGCAAAGUCUCAUUGUUCAACAUGAUGACAUUCAAGGUCUUGAGUACUUUCAUGGCACCUCCACCUGCUGCAACUUUCCUUGCAGUCUACCCAUUAAACAAUAACAUCAUAGCUAUUGGAAGGGAGGACUGUUCAAUUCAAAUCUACAAUGUCCGUAUAGACAAAGUUAAAAUUGUGCUCACGGGUCAUCACAAAAAGAUAACUGGACUAGCAUUUUCGCAAUCAAUGGAGGUGCUUGUAUCUUCAGGUGCUGAUGCACAGCUAUGUGUUUGGAGCAUUGAUGGUUGGGAGAAGAAGAAAUCAAGAUACAUCAAACAUCCAUCUAAUGGUUCCGGUGCUUUAGUUGGUGAUACAAUGGUGCAGUUUCACUAUGAUGAAACGCAUCUUUUCGUAGUUCAUGAGAGUCAGUUGGCGAUCUAUGAUUGGCAAUUGGAAUGCUUGUGCUCGUGGUACCCAAGAGAUGCACUCCCUGCUCCAAUUUCAAGUGCGGUAUACUCACUUGGUUGUUUGUUGGUCUAUGCUGGAUUUCGUGAUGGUGCAAUUGGAAUAUUCGAGGCAGAAUCUCUUAUGCUACAGUGCUGGAUAGCACCCUCUGCCUACGUACCAUCUUCAAUAUCCAGCGGCGGUGAAACUGUCUAUCCCACGGUCGUCGCAACGCAUCCUUGGAAGCCUAACCAAAUUGCAGUGGGCAUGAGCGAUGGUGCAGUUUAUGUGCUGGAGCCGUUGGAUACAGACGACGGACAAAUGGGGAGCGUCACCUCCUCAGAACAACGUCCACCUAGUAAUGUCAGCAGUAGCGGUGGUGACAGCCAACCGAGUGUCUGA